UACAGACCACCAUUCAUGCAACACAUUACUGCAAAAUUUUGAAACAAUCGAAACGCGCCAACUCCACUCAAACAUGUAACUCGAUGCUCCGCAAAAUCCACGGGAGAAUGGCGAAAAAACACCGACCUUACCUGCCGCUGAGAUGAGGAGUCCCGCAAGAGACAGUUUUGUUUUUGUUUGUUCAGUGCUUUAAACUCUGCGCGAAACUUUUAUUUAAAUUGCAGUGACGGUUUCCGUUGCCCGUUCAAAAAAAAAAAACUCUCACCCCGGACUCGAAUAUAAAAUAAUUCCGUGCAAGCGUGAAUUUAUAUCUGGUAAAAUUUUGGUGUAAUGAAUGAUUUGAAGCGAUGGGUAAUAGGAAUUUUAUAGCAAUCAGUGUGACAAACUUGCCGCCCGAAAAAAAUGGCGGAGUGUUCGUAUGCGCGGUGUGUUCAACAGAGGAGAAACAUUAGAAGAGAGCUGCAAAGAUGGACAAAAAACAUGGUUCAUAUUGUGGGGUUGGAACGAAUCGCUGAAGAGUUGAUGGGUCGAAGGAAAUGGAAACUGUACCAAGAAUCCAUGUCGAGAAGUUAUCUGCAACCAUUGAACAACAAUAUAAAGAGAACAAACCCAUCAGACGACGAGUACCACAAGGACACCAAGCAGUCGCAAGUAAGUUCGGACUCGGACUUAGACAAGAGCGAGUCGAAUCAGGCGCGCGAGCCGGCGCCGCCCACCAGGGAGACAAACGGAGACGGCGGAAAGGACGGACCAGGGAGACUGGAAUACCAGAAGGAAAACGAAAAGGCGGAAGCCGAGGACAGGCUGAGAGACUGGACGCCACAAAACAAGUGCUACUUCUGUGUGGACGGCAAGCUGGAUAGUGAACACACAGCGCACGGGGUCUUGAGUCCCCGACCUUCGGACUCGGACACCUCGGACAGUCACAGUGACAGCGAGGUGCCCGCUUCUUUGACACCUACCUCGAGGGGGUUGCUAAACAACAAUCACCAUCACAGGCCCAACGUGCAGCACCCGGUGACCCCACCCACGGCCAUGACCACCAUCGAGAACGUCUCCAUGGCGGCGCUGGCGGUGGCAGCCCUCUCCGGGGCAAGCAGUCCCGGCGCCCCCGCGUCCCACCUACCCUUCUACAACCCCAACAUGCUGACGCAGAACUGGUACCUGGCCAACGUCGCCAGGCAGUUCCAGACGGUGCCCGAGGACAAGGGGGGCGGAGGGGAGCAACCCCUGGACCUCAGCAAGGGCGGCAGCAGCAACACCAACGAGGCAGAGAAGCUCGUCAUGAGCAACAGCGUGAACAUGAGGCUGCCGACGUUGGACACGAAGCACAUAUUCAAUUCUGAUUUUAGAGCGAAGCCUAGGAUGUCAGCGGUGGCCGGCAGGAGGACCUACACGGAAGACGAACUGCAGGCGGCCCUCAGAGACAUCCAGUCGGGGAAGUUGGGAACGCGCCGCGCCGCGGUCAUCUACGGAAUACCCCGCUCCACGCUGCGAAACAAAGUCUACAAGCUUGCCCUGGAGCGCGAGAGGGAGAGCCACCUCAUCAGCUCCACGCCCAUGAAACUGGACGAGGAGGAGGUCAUGGACGACGACAAGGAGUUGUCUGGGGCCGAGGAAGAAAAGGAAGUAGAGAAAGCGCUCCAAGGACCUCUCCUGACCAUGGCGGACUUGUUCAGGUUCACCGGAAGGGAUCAAACUUCCGAAGCCUUGAAGCACCUCCUCUUGAAAGGGAAGGAGGGACAGGAUAUGUGGGCCGGUAUGGACCACAGCGAAGUAGGACCUUACAUACAAAACAUACUCCUGGCUUCUCACAGCUUGAUAGCCAAUCAGAAACCCGCAGAAGGUUCAGUGCUGAACCAGGUGAUCCCGGAGUUCGUGAAGCGGAUGAUGGCCGAAGACGUGAUGAAGAUACAGAACAACAACGGCGACAGCGAGAAAUUCACCAGGCCCAGCCCCAGCAACUCCGUCAUCACCAAGAUAGAGAAACCCAGGUCAGAGUCUGACAUGGAGACGGACGAGUCGCCCUCGAAUGUGAUACUGAAAAUUCCGUCCUUCAAGCCGACGUCGAGCAAGAACGGUUGCGACUUGUUCAGGAGCUCCAUGCAGGAGCCCAUGGGCAGCACGGCCUCCCCUCCCGUGACCAGCGAGUCCGGGUCUCCCCCGGUGCUGCCCAGCAAGGGCUUCAUGAUGAAGGACGUCAAGGACGUUAUCGCUCAAAGCAUUAGUCAAAAGUUCCAGCAGCCGAUGGAACCUAGGAGACCCAUCAUAGACAUGGACUUUAAGAGGGGCGGGUUUACGCCGCCUCUGGGGACGGGCAUGCCUGUGAUGAAGACGCAAGACAUCGGCAGGCAGUACCAGCCUCCCAAGCCGGUGCAGAAUACGGGUAGCGGGGCUCCAACGGGAGGGAAAGGUACCCGCCCCAAACGUGGCAAAUACCGAAACUACGACCGAGACAGCUUAGUAGAAGCCGUCAGAGCAGUACAAAGAGGCGAGAUGUCUGUCCACAGAGCAGGAAGCUACUACGGCGUGCCUCAUUCCACUCUAGAAUACAAAGUGAAGGAGAGACAUCUGAUGAGGCCGAGGAAGAGGGACCCGAAACCCAACCCCGUCGACGAAAAGAUAGCCAGCCUCAAGCAGAACGACCUGCGUAUGUCCCAAGACAAACUGAAGCCUGUGAUGAAACCGCCUCAAAAAUUCCCACCGACCUCGCCCAACGGCAUGAAGCUGCCUAUCUUCGAGCCAGGCAUGGCCCCCCUGGCAGGGUACAACCCACCUCCGUUCCCCUUCUGGCCUCACCCAGGUUUCUCACAUAUAUCUCCCCUAGAGUAUGCAGCGAGAAACCCCACCUCUCAGUUCUCUGCCCCCAAUCCCGAAUUCUUCGCCUCCCAAAUGAUGCAGAAGCUCCAAGAGGAGUCCUCCAGGUCUCUUGGAAGUUCUACCCAAACAGCUCCGGGAGGACUCGCCCCCGCGUUAGCGAAAAAUGCCCGACAGAUGGCAGAGUCGCUUUUGGAGAGUGCAGGCUCAAACGGAUCCUUCUUGGACGGCAUUAUAAGGUCUAGCUUGGAAACUGGCGUGCCCAGCUGCGAGGAGAAGUCGCCCAAGGAAGAGAAGAACCUUGCACCCGAGAAUAUGUCCAAUAAGGCACUCUUAGACCAGCUGUGUCGAAACAGCAGACUCACACCUCUGUCCAAACCGGCCAUGACGGAAGCGAACAGUUCAGGGGACGAAUCUUACAGGAAAGGGUCCAGUCCUUUGAACUUUGCGACAGGGGUUGCUUCGCAAGAGGACAACAUCGACGACGACUCCUCUUCGAGGUACGAGAAAGACAGCUCUGAGGUCCACACGAUAGAACUCUCGAACGAUUCAAACACAUCGAGCGAGAGGAAGGUGAUGGAAGAGGAGCGCAAACAACCCCGGAUAUACUUAAAACAAGACCUGGUCAAGCCGGAGAACCUCAAACCAGAGAUGCUGGUGAGGUUCCGGGAGGCCCUGCCCGACAUGGACCACAACGGCAUGACCGAGAGCGCGCCCAGCAGUGCCUCAGAUAACGACGCGCCUCAAGACUGACAUCAGCCGGAAACGUUGGUACCUAUCGUAAGUGAAAGAAUUUUAUACUGAAGAUGUGUACUUUAUUAGUAAAUAAACGUGUUUCCAUGUUGGAGGCACGCGCGGUUGUAAGUGAAACAAAAAACGAGCUCGAUAUGACGGUGUUUGUUGAUAAUUAUUUAUUAUGGUUUUUUAUUGAUUUCUAGCAUAGUAUUUGGUACGCAUCAAAGCAGUGAUCUGUAUAUUAGGUGUUCUCGACUCUAAAAUGUACUCAUUAAAAUCACUACCAUUCCCUGGAAUGGCCAAACGCCGCUCAACGACUCCAAAAACACAUUCCAAUAGCUCUAACGUUCCAAAAGGUCAAUGUUACCACUCAUAAGUAUUAUCCAAUACGGAAAAUUGCCCGAAAAUUACAUCUUUUCCCAGUUUUCAUUCUAAAAAUGAAGAACAUAUUGUUUCCCCUUAUUGCAUAAAUGUUUAUUGACCCAUUACUGCUAAAUUCCUGGAAUACAGGGUGUUUAACGUUUUUUUUUAAUGUAUAGGAUGUAUAUCAAAUUUUGACCAAAAAAUUCCUCGAUAUUUCCAGUUAGAUUUGAAAAAUUGCGAAAAUGUAAAGUCUACAUCAGUUCCCACAUUUCAGUUGCCAUUUCCCAAAUUUUUAACCACAUUUUCAAUGUAAAAUUAAACUAAGUAAAAUUAUUUCAAAAAUGUUACAAAAUUACCUAGCUAGAAAUGGAAAAAGUUUUUGUUCUCGAUUUUUUUUUUUGAAUUUCUAAUAGUGUUUUCUUAUCUGAAUACCAUUAAGAGGAACCUAAGUAUACUGAGGAAUUUUUGGUUUAGGACAAAACGUCAUUAUUUUAAUCAACUAAAAUUAAAAAAAUAUGUUUUUGGUAUACAGUGUAGGAAAGUACCGAUGGUCUAUCAGAAGUUACG